AAGCGGGCCGCUCCGCCCCGUCCCCCUCCCAGACCAGCAGAGGCAGCAGCCGGAGCAGCCGCAGCCUGCGCCCUCUCCCGCCCGCCCGCCCUCCGCCCGCCCGCCCGCCCUCCGCCGCCCUCCACCCGCCCCGGGGUCUCUUUCCCCCUUCCUCCUCCUCCUCCUCCACCCCCCCCUUCCUCCUCCGCCCGCCCGCGGGGCCCCCCUCGCCUUCCCGCCCGCCCCUAUUGUUCCGCCCCCGGCCUCCCGCCCUUCCCCUUCCCGCCCGCUCCCCUUUUCCCCUCAGUCGCCUCGCGCCUGCAGUUUUUGGCUUUCACCCCCACCAGUGACCAAAGACUUGACCACUCAGCGUCCAGCUCCUCAGAACACUGCUCGACAUGGACACCGGUGUGAUUGAAGGUGGAUUAAAUGUCACUCUCACCAUCCGGCUACUUAUGCAUGGAAAGGAAGUUGGCAGUAUCAUCGGAAAGAAAGGAGAAUCAGUUAAGAAGAUGCGUGAGGAGAGUGGUGCACGUAUCAACAUCUCAGAAGGGAAUUGUCCUGAGAGGAUUAUCACUUUGGCUGGACCCACUAAUGCCAUCUUCAAAGCCUUUGCUAUGAUCAUUGACAAACUGGAAGAGGACAUCAGCAGCUCUAUGACCAAUAGCACAGCUGCCAGUAGACCCCCAGUCACCCUGAGGCUGGUGGUCCCUGCUAGUCAGUGUGGCUCUCUCAUUGGGAAAGGUGGUUGCAAGAUCAAGGAAAUACGUGAGAGUACAGGGGCUCAGGUCCAGGUGGCAGGGGAUAUGCUCCCCAACUCAACUGAGCGGGCCAUCACUAUUGCUGGCAUUCCGCAGUCCAUCAUUGAGUGUGUGAAACAGAUCUGCGUGGUCAUGUUGGAGACUCUCUCCCAGUCCCCCCCGAAGGGCGUGACCAUCCCGUACCGGCCCAAGCCGUCCAGUUCUCCAGUCAUCUUUGCAGGUGGUCAGGACAGGUACAGCACAGGCAGCGACAGUGCGAGCUUUCCCCACACCACCCCGUCCAUGUGCCUCAACCCUGACCUGGAGGGACCACCUCUAGAGGCCUAUACCAUUCAAGGACAGUAUGCCAUUCCACAGCCAGAUUUGACCAAGCUGCACCAGUUGGCAAUGCAACAGUCUCAUUUUCCCAUGACGCAUGGCAACACCGGAUUCAGUGGCAUUGAAUCCAGCUCUCCAGAGGUGAAAGGCUAUUGGGCAGGUUUGGAUGCAUCUGCUCAGACUACUUCUCAUGAACUCACCAUUCCAAACGAUUUGAUUGGCUGCAUAAUCGGGCGUCAAGGCGCCAAAAUCAAUGAGAUCCGUCAGAUGUCUGGGGCGCAGAUCAAAAUUGCGAACCCAGUGGAAGGAUCUACUGAUAGGCAGGUUACCAUCACUGGAUCUGCUGCCAGCAUUAGCCUGGCUCAAUAUCUAAUCAAUGUCAGGCUUUCCUCGGAGACGGGUGGCAUGGGGAGCAGCUAGAACAAUGCAGAUUCAUCCAUAAUCCCUUUCUGCUGUUCACCACCACCCAUGAUCCAUCUGUGUAGUUUCUGAACAGUCAGCGAUUCCAGGUUUUAAAUAGUUUGUAAAUUUUCAGUUUCUACACACUUUAUCAUCCACUCGUGAUUUUUUAAUUAAAGCGUUUUAAUUCCUUUCUUUGUUCAGCUGUUAAUGCUGAGAUCCAUAUUUAGUUUUAUAAGCUUCUCCCUGUUUUUUUUUUUUGUUUUGUUUUGUUUUGUUUUUUGGCUCAUGAAAUUUUUUUGUUUGUCAUGGAAAUGUAAGAGUGGAAUAUUAAUACAUUUCAGUUUAGUUCUGUAAUGUCAGGAAUUUUUCAAAAAAAUUAAAAGAUGGACUGGAGCUUUUUCUUUGUGAAUAGAAACUGGAUGCCACAGUGAUUU